AACACUUAUGAAUAAUAAUAAUAACAACAAGACAAAGUAACAUGACAACAACUAACUUUACUCUACAUUUCAACCUUUUCCUGUCAGCAAAAUGUGAGUUUUCUUUUAACAACAAAACCAUCAAUAUCUGCUGACAAAACACAUUUGGUGUUUCUAAAUAAUAAGAGAAGCGGUACAAGAAUUAACAUUUACAUUACUUAAUACAUUAGGGCUAUUAUUUAUACUAUUUGAUGCCAAAUUUUAAGAAUCUGAAUUUAAUCACAUUCAAUAUAUUACUAUGCCUGUGAAAUCCAGGCUUCAGUCUCAUAAUAUAAUUUUGACAUCUGGAGCAUCAAAUUUUGAUUUCAAUCAUUCAUUUCACAUUGAUUUCAAUCUUUGACAUGACCUUACUCAUCAAUAUUGAAGAUAUCAAGGUUACAUUUUCACAUACGUAAUAUGUUCUUAUACAGUAAAAAAACAGUAAAUGACAAAUAUGACUUUAGCUGAGUUUCACAGACCGGGCCAAACAUUAACAAUACAUUAAAUCAAAUUUUGAACUUAUAUAUAUUACAUAAUAUAUUAUUAGCUUUAAAGAGAAAUAAAAAUAUAAUUAAAAAGAUUGACAAUAAUCUUAAUAGCCACAUUUAAGGAUCCGGGAGCAGACUUCAAAAUGCUUUAUAAAUGAUUUGUAAGCCCGACAAACUGUCUGGGAGCUCCAUGGGUUAACUGAGGGCUGAGAGAAGCUGUUGCCAAUUAAGAGUGCAGAAUGCCACAUAUAGACAUUUCCUCAGUACUUCCACCACAGGUUGCAGAGCUCAUGUUUCGUACUAGACCGAAAAUAUAACUGCUGUGAUGAUUCAAAAUGUUUGUUUUAUUAGACUUGCUUUGACCGGUAAAAAACAUUUUUUUAACUGACUGUGUGGUCAUAGGCUGAACUCUCCCCUCUCAUUCUCUGGAUUACAAGGAAUCGAAUUGAAGAGCCUAUACUGUUUCUCGUUGGACGGAGAUGGCAACUCAAAAGUUUUUAUUUCUUGUUUGUUUAAUGGUAUGUGGAGGACACAUUGAAAGCACAUCUGAUAUUUGCACAGGACCACACUGCCAGAGGUCAUCCAGACCACCAGAUCACCAAAGCAGAUCCGCAGAGCAUCAAACCAGAUAUUCAGUUUAUUCGCCAAGACGCCCAGCAGUCCCCUACACCGUAAUUCAACCCCAGCACAGCAGGACCGGCAGUCCAAAAGAAAACCCGAGGACCAUCACAGCUGAGGUUUUCAGCCCACAGGGAUGCACGGGAGGACGCUGUCACGGAUCAGGAAGACCAACAAAUAAUGAUACGAAAGAGUGCAGAGGAGCUGAUUGUAAACUACCUUUGCAAAAACGGCAACAUCCCUGCGUUGGAGAUGCCUGCAACACGGGUCCAAAUCCUGGAAGAGGCAGACCGUCUUUUGUCCAUAUGCAGGACAGAGCUGAGCAAGUAUUGGGGGAAUUUCCGGAGUUUGGAAUUAGAGGGGGGACGUCAUCUGGAAUACAGUUAGCAUGUGACAUCAAACCAGACAUUAAUGAAGUCCAGUCUGAAGAUGCCUUAGUGUUGCAUUUCCACUUGGGAAAAGGUCAGGAGAAGUUGGUGCAACAGAUGCAGGGACAGCAAGCUGAGAUUAAACAAAUCCAAAGCACGCUGAAUGAACAGCGUGGCGCUCUGUUAGCCCAACAACGGGAAAUACUAGACCAGCAGCGGAGGAUGUUCGAGCAGAUGGAAGAAGUCAAGACUCAGUACACCCUGCUUCUGGAAAGUGUCAAACACUUAUCUGUCCAAGGCCCACAAGGAGUCAUUGAGAGCCAUUUAGAGGAUCUCCAAUCCCGAACGAGAACCUAUCCUAAGGAGGCCUUCAAUAUGCAUAAGAUGAACAUGGAUGCUGGCGUUACAGAUGCUGACAGACCUCUUCCUGGCUGUGGAUCCUGUCAAGCGGAUGAGUUUUGUGACUUUAGUGCAGACCAGCCACGGUGUGAGAAAUGUACGAUUUGCCCUUCGGGAUUCUUUCUGGUGGCUCAAUGUUCAAUUCAUGCUGACCGGAUAUGCCAGGACAGAGAUGAAUGCCUAGAAAUCCCAGGCUUGUGUAAAGAACAGAACAAGUGUCUCAACACACCAGGAGGAUUUCGCUGCUCGACCAUGUCAGAGAGGGAUGCGGCUGCCGGGAUGUGUGGACACUCAUAUUUUUACAAUUCGGACAUGGAUGAGUGUCAAGCCUGUUCAGAGUGUGAUGCUCAGCUUAUGGCUUCCCCAUGUUCAGCCAUGAGUGAUGCUGUGUGCUCAAACCCCUUUGAAACCAGACUUUCUCUUGCCUGGUCCGGUGAUGUUGAGGUGGCCAAGGGUGGCGAGUUUCCCCAGAUACAACUCCGCAUCCGAGGGAACACUGAUGGAAACCUCCUUUCUUGCACUGAUGGCUUGGUAGUUCUCCAUCAACAUGGUCUUGUUUGGGUCGACCAUAACCUUGCUAUGAGACAUGGUUGCCGCAGCUUUAUCCAAGCGUGUUUACGACUGAACGCCAGCGAGGAUGAGAGUCGGGACCUGAGCGGCAUGCGUUUGGAGCACCGUGAGGGAAAGUCUCUCCAGAGUACGAGUGUGAGUGGAGCAGCAGCGGUAGAACCGGGGCAUACGCUGGUUGUUUUUCUCAAGAGUGCCAGCAACCAAUGCAAUCAAGAAAAUGAAGGUGUGCACCUUCAGAGCAAUCUUAUAUCCCCUUUCAGCCUCAUCUGGUUGUCCCAUGACACGGGUGCAGUUGCCAUGACCGCUCAAGCUGUUGCUUCGGCACACUACCACACCAACUACAGACCUGCCUUCCGAAUGGCAUCCAUCUCUGACCCCUAUAUGGUCGGACUGACUGAUGACAAUCGUGGUGUCCGCUUUAGGGAAAGUGGCACAGUGAAGUUUGUCCUUCAACAGUCCUUGUAUUCUAUGGGUCAAGCUUGUGUCUCCGAGGGCUUCUACUUGCUCGCAUACGUGAACCAUAACGGAAGCAGCGCUGAGCUGACCCGCACGUUUAAGCCUGGUGUUCACUACAGAGACACCUCCAUAUCAUUGUCAGCUGCCACCACAGUGGACUCUGGAGACAUGCUUACCUUCGAGAUCCUCGCACCUGCACAGUGCAAUGUGCGCUACUUUGGUGACGACUCUGGGAUCAGCAUGCUUAGUCUCGUGUGGAUCCCUUCAGCCGUGUCGACUUCCUUGUCAGCCAUUCUGUCGCGGAAAGGUCUCCCCUCUGGUGCAGUGCGCAACAAAGCCUUGUUUUUCCUCCAGACAACUCGGGAAGUACCACAAGUUACGCUUGCCGGAACAGGAGCACUCCACCCUCACCGAAACUUCAUCUUCAGGGAGGCAGGAACAGCAAGUUUGGCUUUGGAUCUGCGGCUCAUCCACUCAUGCAGUCUGAUCAAACUCACUUUGCUCAAACAGGGUGGGACACAGGGGGCUCAGGCUACCCCCAUAGCUCAACAGAUCGGCGGGCACAUGCCAGAAGGAAGCAUAUGGGGGAGUGUGGGAUUGAGGGUAUCGUUCCAGGUGCAAAAUGGCACGACAGUUUUUGCUACUUUGGAUUGCGUGCGUGGACGCAUUAACCAAAUUGCCUAUGAUGCUGGAAGCAGCAUUACUAUUCUCUGGACAGCUGCAUGAGCAAAGCAUAUUUCACAUAGUAUGACAUUAAGCAUGUUGAGGUUCAAAUCUCUCAUUGCAUUCAGCUAAAAUGAUUUUAGAUGCUUUCUCUGUUUUUUUCAGCAGUCAUCUGUAUUAGUAUAGUAUUUGUUUAUCCUACUAUGGAAGUCAAUGGGUAACAUUAACUAUGUACUUACCAUCAUUUAUCAAAAUAUCUUCAUUUGUGUUUUACAGAAUAUAGAAACUCAUACAGGUUUAAAACAAUGUAAGGGUAAGUACAUUUUUAGGUGACCCUUUUGAAGUAUAGCUUAGAUAAAAUAGUAACAAAGAUGAAAAAUAUUCAUACUUUAUUUUUAUACUGUUUUUACUAUUGUUGCUCAAAUCUGUGGUUGGUUGGUUGUUGUAUGGCCUGAUUUUGAAAAUGUGCAGUACCCAUCCUUUCUUUUGUUGUAUUUGCACUUCAGAACGUAAAGAUUAUUAACAAUGUUAGUAUUUUUCUUUUUAAGUGAGGGUACUUUUUACAGCAUGCUUUUAGUUCUCAAUUAUUAUGUUUAGUAGUAGCUGUACUAUUUUCUUUACUCAAAAUAGCAGUUAACUACAUAUAGCCACUAAACUUUUUUACGACUUUUAUAUUCAUUUAUGGGUUUGUUUUAAGUUGAGUCAACCCUAAACUUUGCACAUCAAAAGCAGAAAAGAUAAUAAAUAUUUUUUAGUGGUUGGUAGUGGAAAUAAAAUGCAUGUGUCUAUACCACACAGAACCAGAUGGCUUUGAUUUUGCAGUUUAACAUGCAAGAUGUCUAUAAAGAAAAAUACCCAUAGUCCUCUGGCCUUGUGUAUGAGCAUGUCAUUAAUGUAUGGCUGUUGUAUUUCCUUAUGCUGAAAUUAUAAAUGAUCUUGUAUUGCUUCACAACCAUCAAAAGAUAUCACAAGCAAUACCAAUAAUGUGCCGUGUAUGUCCGUGUUUUUAUAAACAGAGAAUUCAUCCACAGAGCAACCAUACCCUAAACCCUGAAAAUAGAUUUAUAAACUUAGGAAGCAUUAUCUUGUGGUUUUUAAAGACAUUUGGUUAAUAUUAUAAGCGUUAUUGAAAGCAGGAGAUGACGUUCCUCUGAAGUUAUUCCAUAAGAAGAAACGUGUGGGAGAUGGAAUUUAUCACAUGGACGAUUGUGAAACAUUGAAAUAUGGCUAUACUUUAAAAGCAUCAGGUCAGUACUCACAGACAGUCCUAGCCCUAUAAUGUUUAGUCACAUUAUUACCCUCUAAUAUUACACAGGUGAAAAUAAAUUCAGUUUAAGAAGUAGUUUUUUACUUGAUUUAAUUUUGAGCAAUUGUGAAGAGUUUAGUUUGCACCUUUGUGCUUUCUUUGUAGUUCUCUUUAUUCUCAGAAAUAAAGGUAAAAGCUGUCACCAAGGGCAGUACUCUUUUAAAAAGUACACCUUUCUUACAUAAUGGUACAUAUCAGGACCAUUUUUAAAUUGUUAAAGCAACACUAAAGACUUUUUGCUCUUUGCUCCCCCUACAGGUUAGAAGCGUAAUUGUUCAUUACCACUGUCGUAAAUACUGCAGCAUAGCUGGCUCUGAUUGGAUUGUAGGUCUGCCGUAAAGCAAGUUUUUGUAGUUUUGACUCGAACUACAGGACCACUACCCGACGGUUGGAAACUUCUUUAGUGCGGUUUUGGCCAAUAGAGGGCUGCAAAGCGAAUGUGAAAGUGCCAUUCACCCUGUUUUAAGUGGAUGAACCACUGAAACUUUUUUGGAAACAUUAUUUUAAGGUAAAAAAACUCUUUGGUGUUGCUUUAAGAGUCCCAGUGUUAUAACUUUUUUCUGAGAAUGUACUGUCUUUUGAGUGUGUUAUUGUCCACUCACAGUGUAUCUGAACUCAUACCGUUAUUUGCACUGUCAAGAAGGUUCACAGUAACCUUAUGGCCUUCUCACCUACAGCUGUUAUAUGUAAGUGUCUGGUGAAGCAGCCCUGCAGGUGUUUAGGAUUAGAAGAUCUGAUAGUACUACUAUGUUAAAGCCUGAACAUAAAGUAAAACAUCUGGAAUAUUUGGGGGAACAUAAUGCUUUGGAUUCUUUAGUUUUUCUUUAUUCUGAACCAGAAAGGGCUUGGAUGAACUAAAUGCAUACAUAUGAAUGUCUUAAAACGUUUUUCAACCUUUCUAGACCCAGGCACCACCCACUCAGACUCUCAGCCAACUUUGGAACCUCCAAU